CUGGCUAUUAUGCGUGUGAACGAUGCAACCAAAAAGGGCGGCACAUUGAAAGCAGGGUCACAUUUCCCAAACUGCACGCACCAACACGAACGAAUGCAUCAUUUCGAUCUCAAGAGAACAAGCGCCACCAUUCUGGUUUUUCACCAUUCCUAUCGCUUGAUGUUGACAUGAUUUCAUUUUUCCCAUCUGAAUACAUGCACCUCGUUUGCCUGGGAGUCAUGCGACGACUCUUAAAGAAUUGGGUAUGCCAAGGCCACAGUAAUAGAUUGAGCAGACUGCAUCGUUGCCAACUAAAUGAAAGCCUGCGAGAGGCAUCCAAAGCAUUUCCAACAUAUUUCCAGCGAAAGCCAAGGGGUACAGAAGAACUUGAUCGUUGGAAGGCAACAGAGUUUCGGACAUUCCUCCUUAAUGUGGGGCCUGUUGUCCUAAAGCCUCUUCUGCCUCCAUCACACUACAAACAUUUUAUCAGAAUUUUAGCAUCACCUCAGUACUACUGUGAAUACUAUGAUUUUGCCAAAGAUGUGCUGAGGUACUUUGUUCAAGAGUUUAGUGAGCUAUACGGAAGAAACCAGCUUGUGUACAAUGUGCACUCACUAAUUCAUCUUGCUGACCAGUGCCGGGACCAUGGCCCAUUGGAUCAGUUUAGUGCAUUCCCUUUUGAAAGCUACCUUGGACGAAUGAAGAAGUUGCUGCGAUCCUCCAACAAGCCACUUUCACAGCUAAGUAGGAGAAUCUCUGAACUGAGGCACUCGACCAAGAACCAAGUCGAGCAGAAACUGCAACAUGUGAAGCCUGGAGACUGCUUCCUGAUUGACAGUGCUCCUGUGGUUGUUCUGGAAAUAAUGGGAGACCACUUCAAGGGAGGGAUUUUACCAAAUGCCAGGGACUUUUUCAAACUUCCACUCAAAUCGUCUCAGUUGAAUAUUUGGCGCUGCAACACCUUAAGUAAUAGAAGUAAGGUCUGGCCUCUUGAUGACCUCCGGAAUACUGCUCAGUGCCUGAGGCUUAACUACAAGCAAGGACAUGUUGUUGUUCCUCUUUUGCACUUUCACUGAAGCUGUCAGUGGUCGGUGGACUUAUAUUAACCCAAACUGCCAUAGUCAGUCAUCUGACUGCCAUACUGCUAUGCCUCCAAUGGCCAUAAUGUCUGUUCUAUAUGAGGCCGACAGUUGGGCUAGUUGGAAUUCAAAGAAAAAGACAUUUUCAAAGAAAAGUUAUCCUUUUGUCUCUGCACCUCUUUUCAUUUUUCUUAUGUGCUGGAACAUGUCCUUGUUUGUUCUAUUGUCAUUGUCGCGAAUCACUUAUUCAAGCCAUGUUCAAGCUUUCUGCAUCAAGCAUCUUGUCACUAAUACAGUCAUUAGCACUAUUGUCCAGAGUGCUUGAAUGGCAUCCUUUGACCUGCACAGGUAGCAUUUGGUGGUAACACUGGAUUCGAGGUAGCAUACAACUGUGUAUGGAUUGCUGCACUGAUGGUACUUCCCUAAUCUUUCUCCUGACAGGCCUUCGUGUCUUCCGCAGCUGCAAUUUCCUGAAGGCACUGCAUUGCCACUGAGCAAAAGUAGAGAUAACACAUGGCAAAACUUUCAUCAGCACACGCCAGGAUGUGUUAUCUUGACAUUUAUUCCAUGGCACCUUCAGACGCUACAGUUACCGAAGCCACAGUGGCCAGUAAAGUGAAAAAGAUAAAGCUAGCAGUGAUCAGUGCAGCAGUGCAAGACUCGGUCCAAUGACAGAGCUGCUAGCUCCCCAUUUGAGGACUGCACUUGCAUAGCACCACUUUUGCCUCAGAAGCCAGGAAGCAGCAGACGAUCAGAAAGUCCAUCAUAUCAGUGCAGCAGCGCAUUCUCAGAUGUAAGGUAUCUAGAGCCAGGUGUUAUCGAUAAAUGUCGCCCAAGCAGGCCUAAGCAUGCCGUUCAAGCACUUAAGCAUGCUGAUAACUGUACAACCCGGACAAAUUGCAUUUCAAGCCUUCAAGGUUCAGCCCCAGCUUUCAUUUUUGCUGCUGAUGUGUUUUCACCACAUCAGGCUCAUACUGCCAUGUCUCUUGAGAAGUCACCGCUCUCACUUGGGCACAUCACCACCUCCCGACUUGGGUUUUGAUUGACACAGCAGAGCAUCUGAGCCAUCCAGUUCUGCAACACAGUAUCCAGCUGAGCCUGCACCUAACUUGCUGAAACUGUACUUGUGCUUAGAUACCUCCAGUUUCUACGUGUUGAAGUGCACUUCACCUGUGACAAGCUGCAGCAUGGAACACUAAACGGCCCUUUUCAGGGCCACCCGAACUAUAUGACUGGUGGGGACGUGGCAGCUCCUACUCUGCUCUCCCUGACCCUCUAGAAAAUUAGCAUGUAGUUAUGUAUGUCUGUGUGCGAAUAGAAUAUCAUUUGGAAUCGUGGGAAGUGCUUCUGGAAAAAAUAUAUAUACAGAACAGUCUUUCUUUUCUAGAAUAAACAGAAGGAAAGAGCGAGAGAAUCAACAAACCAUUUCUUUAGUAAUCACAGUAAAUACUGCUAUGGAAUGAAAGGAAAUUAAAAAAAAAACAUAACUAGGCAACAUGAAGUGAACACGAAACCAAAGGCUUCCAGAUUUGUGUGAUCAUGACAGUAACAGAGCAAAAUGACAAUGUAAUGCCAUUUGAGACUUCAUCUGCGCAAGUGUUGAGUGUCUCUUAAAUGCUGUUGCAGUCAGGUUAAGCUUUCUAGUGCUAGGCGCCCUGUUCUUGCAAUCUGAUACUCUCAAAACUCUGGGAUGAACUUCUGCAACCAGCAUGUUUUAAAUACAGCCGCCUUCUUUUAGAAAACAAACCACCAUAAAAUUCAGGAAGAUGCAAGCAAAGUAAGUGACAGAACAGAAG